AUGUUGAAGGUUUAUUUGUUUUUUCUUGGAAUAUUUUGUUUUUGUGUUCCAAGAGUGGAAAGCACAUUGAAAUUUGUGCAGAUUGUGAGUUAUUUUUUUCAGAAAAAGUAAUUAUAGAAAAAAUUUUAGUGGUAUCGACAUGGUGAACGAUUACCCACACAUUAUUUGAGUUUUCCUGGAGAUGAUCCGACUGAUUUGAAAUAUUUACAGCUUGCUUAUCCGGGAGAGUUAACAAAUGUAAGUUUUUUUAAACCAGAAUUCCAAUCACAGAAUUGAUUUUUAUCAUGUGAUUAUUUUUUAUUUUUCAUAAAAAUAUUUUGAAACGAAAAUAAAAUGAAUAUUCAGAAUUAAAAAAAAAAUAACAUUAUUCUGCUAUUUUUGAUGGAGAAAAUGAAAAUCUGAUAAAAACUUCUUUUCUUGAAUAUUCUGUUUUUCACAAACAAGCAUAAUUGUUAUUAUUUUUGGUCACAAAGAUAAGAUAAAAUAUGCAAAAUACUGUUAACUACAUAAAAAACAACAAAUAAACAUUUUCAGAGAGGAUUAUAUCAAGAAUUCACACUCGGAGAAAACAUGAAAAAUAUUUAUGGAUCUCAUUUUGGACCAAUUUAUAGGCCUCCCGAAUUCAAAGUAUUUACCGGAAAAGACAAUCGCACUUCAACAUCAGCGCAAGCAUUUUUCGCAGGAUUUUGGCCGCCUGCAAAAUCACAACAAUGGAAUUCACAACUGAACUGGAUUCCAAUUGCUCAGGAAACUGAUGAAUCAUUAGAUUGGGUUUCACUUGGAGUAUUUGAAAAUUGUCCAGUUUAUUCAAACAGUGUAACAGGAACUGAGGCUUAUAAACAAAUUGGAAAUGAUAUUGAAGCUACAAUGCCAGAAUUUGUGAAACUUCUUCGAAAUAAAACUGGCGAUCCAUUGAACACGCCUAAUUUAUUGAACCAUGUUAUUGAUUCGUUGAAAGUUAGACUUCUUAUUGGAUCAGAUUUACUUCCACUUCCAAAAUGGGCGAUUGGUUGGGAAGGUGCUAUUAUCGAUGCGAGCUAUAUUAUUCAUGAUAGUAUUGUCAAGUUUCAGAAUGAACAAGUUGGAUGUGAGUUUUUAUUAUUUGAUGAUCAAAAAAAAUAAUUUUAAAAAGUCGAUUGAAAUAAGUAUAACUUGUAAAAUCUUUAGAAAAACCUUGCAGUUUUAAACUUGAAAGUUUAUUCAAUGAUAAUUCUGAAUCAGAAAUUCUUAAUUUUAUAAACGCUCAAAAAGCUCAAAAAGAGUUAAAGUUAUGGAAAAAUGUAAUUUUUUCUAUUUAUAAAAGAAAUCUAAUUAUUUGACAUUUUUUUAUCUUUUUUUCUUCAGAUUACCAUAAUGAAUUGAUAAUGUCUUUCUUUGAAAAUCAUUUGAAAACCAACAAAACCAAAGGAAUUUUCAUCAGCGGUGUAAGUUUUUGUCAGCAUCAUUUUUAUGUUCCAAAACCAAUUUCAAUUUAUUUUCAGCACGACACAAAUCUCGUCGCAAUCUGGGAAUCACUGAAAUUCAAAAAUGCUCCACGCGAUAUUCCCAACUUUGGUGGAAGUUUAUCAAUUGAGCUUCAUGAAAUAAACGGGGAGCAUAUUGUUAAAUUUUUCUUAUCCAUGGGUUUCAAUCAAACACGUGUUGCAAUCGGACCAGAACUAUGUUCAAAUAAUAUUUGCACUUUGGAGCAGUUGAGAAAUAUAACACAGGUAUUAUUUCAUAGUUCAGGUUCGAAUAACAUCAAAUUUGUUUUUACAGAAUAGCCGGAAAUUACGCGAAACCUGGGUUUAUGAAUGCACAGGACUCACUAAAACAGAGCCUACGAUUACAGGUAAUUUAUCUGAAUUUCAUGGAAAAUUUGUUAAUUCAUCAAUUUUUUCAGGUACAAUGAUUGUGAUUUUGGCAAUUUUGUUGCUUAUCACUAUAAUUCUUGGAUAUACAACAUUCUCCUACAAGAAACAAUUGAAUAAUUUGAGAGAUCCAGAGAGAGUUAGACUUUUGCAUUGA